AAUCUGAUUAUCGAAUAUAUCCUAACAAAACAAUUAACCCAGACGAUAAGAAGUUAACUCUGCAUUCAUAAAUAAAUAACAUCGAACGAUUCCAUUCAGUACUCGAUGUGUUGUAGACGAAACCAAAAUGGGUGAUUACUUUAAAACACAUAGUUAUGAUGAUAUUGUACAAGUGGUCAGUAUAUCAAAUUUACGAAAAAACUUCCCAGUUGAAGAUGAAAUAAACGCUCUGGAUGUGACUUCUCUUGAAAGAUUUCUACAUAUAGAUGAAUCGAUCAAUGCAGAUGACGAUGAAGAUUCCUCGUUGCAAAGGCUAUCCUUAGCACACGAAAGGCUCCAUUCGAUGCCCAAGAUAUUUUUGGACGAAAUGUCAUCACACGUGAAGAUUUUGGAUAUCAGUCACAAUGAAUUCGAAAAAUUGGAUUUUUUAAAAGAGUUUACGCAACUCACCAAUUUCAUUUGCGACCACAACGAGAUAACCACUAGAACUGAUAUUCCAUAUCUUCCUAAGUUAGAGUUACUUUGGAUGAACCAUUGUAAGAUUGAGAAAAUAUUUCCAUGGAUACUGAAAUUGCAAGAGACUUGUCCCAGUUUGAAAUACCUCUCAUUGAUGCAGAAUCCUAUGUCUUCUUCAAACUUGAACGAUGUCGGUAUCCAAGACAAUAGCGAAUAUAGAUUGUUGUGCAUAUCCUUGUUCCCUCAUUUACUGCACCUGGAUGAUAAAAAAGUAACCACCAGAGAAAGAAGAAAGUCCAAAAAAAUGUUACAAAGUUCUGUAAUAGAAAGACUGGUACAGAAAACUCAAAAACACUUACCUAUUUAUUUAAGGGUGGCAGCCGAAAAAGUUUCGAUGAAACUCUCAGAAACCUACAAAAGGAUCCAAGAAAAAAAUACCGUAAUUUAGCUUUUGACACGUAGCAAAUGACUUUUUUUUUAUUAAAUUGUUUUGUGAAACUGUCUAUUCAAUAAAAAUCUGAAGUUAUUGAUAAUCAUGAA